AUGGCGCCUACAAUUUCAGAGAUCCCGGCGAGCGCCAUUGUGACCACGGACAAGUGCUUCAUUCGCCCUAUCGAGAUGAGCGACGCACCCGCCAUGGCGGCGGCAGCAAACCAUGCGGAUAUCUCGCACUUCAUGCGCAACAAAUUCCCAUCCCCGUACACGCUAGACGAUGCAAAGUCCUUCAUCAAUUUUUCGUCUCAGCGUCAGCCGCGCGUCAACUAUUGCAUCUGUUUGAAUGACGGAACAUAUGCCGGUGGUAUUGGGCUUAUCCCUAGUGACCCGACUGACACAGAAUGUCGGACCUGGGAACUUGGCUACUGGCUAGCAAAAGAGCAAUGGGGCAAGGGCAUCACAACGGCUGCCGUCAAGGGGUUCUGCAAAUGGACUUUUGACACUUUUCCAGAGCUGCACCGUAUUGAAGCUAAUGUGUACGAAACGAAUAAUGGGAGUAUGAAAGUCCUCGAAAGAGUGGGUUUCUUGAGAGAAGGCGUCAGACGCAAGGCUUAUUACAAGCACGGCCAGUACUGGGAUGUGACCAUGUUCGGAUUACUCAAAGAUGACUUGUAA